AUGUCGCAACGAACCAUCAUCCGCAUCGACGGCGAGAGAAACUCCGAGCCAUCCAAGCAUGAGGUUCUGAGCCGCGUCCACAGCGUCUCGUUGAACUUCCGAAAUAUCGCUGUAGCCACAUCGCAGUACCCAUUUUCGGUGAAGCAUCGCGUCGGUGAAGGAGUCAAGAAGUUUACUCCGGGGGACCGUGGCCUCGCUACCUUCGAGCUUGCCAAUCUUUACGGUCAGCAGGCGAACUGGGAGAACGGCCAGGGGGCUCCGACCGAUGGGGUCCUCCGCGAGUAUAUCAGUAUCCCGGCCGCGUCGGUGGUCAAGAUCCCAAAGGACUCGCCUCAGAGCUUCUCGGAGUGGUCGGCCCUCGUCUGCACUGGUGUGACAGUCUGGAAUGCUCUGUAUGGCAACAUGCCUCUCAGGCCUGGGCAGAAUGUCUUGUGUCUCGGCACGAGAGGUGUCUCCAUCACGGGCGUGAUUUUAGCCAAAGCUGCUGGCGCGACCACGAUCAUCCACCUCGUCCAGCGACGAGAAGCUCCAGAUGAACGGCGGCUCCGGUACCAUCGCCGAAAUCUGAAGUCGGUGGGAAUGGGUGGGAAUGUCUUGGUCAUCGGUUUCCUGUCGCAGGCUAAGGAGAUGCCGGAUGUUGCAAGCUUGGCCCUGGCGAAGGGCGCGGUGGUGCGCGGCAUCACGGUGGGUUCGACCCAGCUUCUGGAGGAGCUCACUCGGUUUGUCGCUCAGAAGGGGCUUCGUUUGCCGGUGGAAAAGGAAUUUCGGUUCACUCAGGAGGAGGCUGUCAAGGCGUACGAGUAUAUGGCGUCUGGGUCUCACAUCGGCAAGGUGUGCAUCAAGAUUGUUGACUGCAUGAACGUCGCGUGUAGAAGUGGUAGUUUUCUAUGA